CCGUCUCUCCGCACCGUCAUUCUGUGUACAUAGUUUUUACAUUUUACUCGUCUGUUUACAAAUAUUGCGGGAAAAUAUAUUAUAUUAUAUUGCGGUUUCCCCCCCCCCAAAACAAACCCCCCCCGUUUUGGACAGAAAACCUUUUGGCUUUUGCACCUUUUAUUCCCUGGAUUGGUUUUUAUUCCCUGGAUUUUAUUCCCAGGAUUCCUGCCGCAGUUUUUUUGUUCGUGCAACGUGGACCCGCAGACCACGAGGAGACUUUAUUUUGGUGGAUUUAUUUAUUGUUAUUAUCUAAGGGAUGCUUCUGUCCAAGCUGAACUCUCUGGCCGUGGAUAUGCCGGCCAAGAUCCAGCUCCAGGUCCAUCAAGUGAAGGAAAAGGAGCCCUUUGAGAAGCUGUACCAGGUCGGCGCGGUGCUCGGCAGCGGCGGCUUCGGCACCGUCUACUCCGGCACGAGGAUCUCCGACGGAACCCCGGUUGCUGUCAAACAUGUUGCCAAGGACAGAGUCUCGGAAUGGGGGGAGCUGGCCAACGGCUCCAGGGUCCCCAUGGAGAUCGUGCUGCUGAAGAAGGUCGGCACCGGCUUCCGCGGCGUCAUCAAGAUGCUGGACUGGUUCGAGCGGCCCGACAGCUUCAUCGUGGUGAUGGAGCGGCCCGAGAACGCCAAGGACCUGUUCGACUUCAUCACGGAGCGCGGCGCGCUGCCCGAGGAGCUGGCGCGCAGCUUCUUCCGCCAGGUGCUGGACGCCGUGCGGCACUGCCACGCCUGCGGCGUCGUGCACCGCGACAUCAAGGACGAGAACAUCCUCAUCGACCUGCGCACCGGCGACAUGAAGCUCAUCGACUUCGGCUCCGGGGCCCUGCUCAAGGACACCACCUACACCGACUUUGACGGAACGAGAGUGUACAGCCCGCCGGAGUGGAUCAAGUACCACCGGUACCACGGCCGCUCGGCCACCGUGUGGUCUCUGGGCAUCCUGCUGUACGACAUGGUGUGUGGGGACAUCCCCUUCGAGCACGACGAGGAAAUCAUCCGCGGGCAGGUGCUGUUCCGGCGCAGAGUCUCGCCAGAGUGCCAGCAGCUGAUCAAGUGGUGCUUGUCCCUGCGGCCGACGGACCGCCCGUCCUUCGACGACAUCACCAACCACUCCUGGAUGCAGAACUCGUCCGCGCUGCAGACGGAGAAGGCGGUCGGCGCCGAGAUCCGGCUGCACAGCAUCGACCCCGCCGCCUUCGCGCCCGCCCCGGUGGCCGUGGCCCGGUGAGGUUCGGGGGGAGAUCCGGUCCGUCCGGUCUGGAACCGGACUGCACUGAUUCACUGAGAGACGAUCACAAGGGCAGAGAUGGGCGUCGCCCAACAGGCUGGGACUCCGCCUCCCUGCUGGACUCUGGUCCCGGACCGCUCGCUGUGCCGCGCCGCCGCGCCCGUCGUGUGCAAAGGCGCGGCCGAAGAAGAAGAAGAAAAAAGUGACUUUCUACGAAAAGUGCCUUCCGUGAGAUUGUUUUUUGCGGGAAACCUGAAAUACUUGAAUUUUAAAACAAAAGCGAAGAGGCUCCGACCUUUUUUACGCUCCUUAAGCCUGAAUUAAGGUUCUGCGUUAAACCAACGCAGAACACACGCCGUUGCGUUACCGUGACGCCGUUGCCGUGACGCCGCCGUGAACCCUUCGGACUUCUCCGUCACUCCAUUUCGCUGCGGUGCAAAACCCCCCCAGAGCGCUAGUUGAUACUUUUUGUUUAGCUUCCGGUUUGUCUGGUCACAGUGAAUCAA